CGCUGCAGUAGAAUAUAUUGAUCCGCCAUCGCAAGUUCUACUUUCAAACCUUGAUAUGCCUGCCUUUCGGCGUUUACCUGCUUUUUCGAAGUGAUUCAUUAUGUUCCUCGAUUUUCAUAAGUCGUGAUGCGGUGUGCGGUUUUUUCAAACGAUAAUAACAAUGCGCAAUAACAAUAACAACAAUAAUAAUAAUAAAUAUAAUAAACAUAAUACCGAUCAAAUAUGUGGGUGACGUGCCAUUCAUUUUAAAAUAAAUAUGUAUAUUCAUGCCUCAAAUAUCUCCGUUGCGUACAUACGUAUAUACAAGCGCAUCGAUUGACAAUAAUUUUUCAAUAAUAUUUCAUUACCAACAUCCAAUCCUGAUAUUUAAUAGCCCAGUGGGAAUUGGAAGAAAAUGAAUCUCAGCAUGCGCAAUUAUUUUUUAUCCUAAUACAGGGAUUGUAAUUUUUUAAUUGUGAAAAUACUUUAUCGAAUCAGCGAAUAACAAUUUCGCGUAUAAUUGGCCUGCGCGAUUUAACUUGAUUCAGAACUAAUAUGGGUUUGAUACCGGUUUUUCUUUUUUCUAGUUUACCUUCACAGAGUGACAAUCAAUUCCUUGAGAGACUUACCGAUAAUGUGAAAUACUGCAAUCGCGUUGUCGCGCUUUGUAAUUGGCUAAUUUAAAUAUAUGUUGAUUGAAUGAAUAAAAUUGAUUGAACUUGUAUUAUAUUUUGACUUAAUAUUUUCGACUUAAUUUAUAAAUGUUAUAUCUAGAGAUUAUUACGACUAGCAAUGAGUGGAUCAAUGCGUCAAAAACUGUUCAAUUAUUGAAUUAAAUAUUGAUUUAAUAGGGAGAAAUGAAAAAAUGAGGAAAUAGCGAACUGCUAAGGAUUUUAUUAAUUCAGAUUCGGGUUGAAGACGGACUAAAAUAGUCACGCUGACCAAUUCAAUAAUGAUAAGAAAUAAAUAUUCGUAAAUUAUUCCACUGCUUAUGAGUAAUACAUAUCACAAGAUUUUGCGUAACAAGGGAAGCCUUAAUUUACGCUAAUACCAUUUUCUGGAAUUAUUGCAUUACUUGGUGUGGCCUAGAUAGUCUUAAAGUAAAAAACACAGUGUCGUAGCUGGUGCUCAAAGAAAGGUAAAACGCCGAUUCUUGAAUGAGUGGGAAGCAUAGCUCCGAUAAUCCACUGCAAAAAAUACGAAACGUGUUCACAAAUUGAAAGAUUUAAUAAUUUCGAGGAACAAUACAAUUACUAUAAACCGGAAUCGCAUACAAAAAAAAAAAAAAAAUAUAUAAAAAUUAUUACCAUAUACGUAAGUCGUAAAGAAAGUGCCAUGAAUCAUGGUGUUACAAUGGUGCGAUAGUCCAUUUUAAGACUUAGAAUUACGCAAAGGACCAUGAUGAAUGAAAUGAGUACACCAAUCGAUAAGUGCAGUAAUUAAUCGCGUGCAGAAUGGGGUCUGAUUAUCUGAUAGCUGCCGCUAUUUUACUCGCUACGAUCAACGCCAGUUACGCAGAAUGUCAGACAAGGUCCGUCUACUGCUACCAGUGCGAUUCGUGGACGGAUCUUAGGUGCAAGGAUCCCUUUAAUUACACCGCCCUGCCCCGUGAUCAACCACCUCUAAUGACGUGCAACGGAUGCUGCGUCAAGAUGGUCCGCAAUGCCAAGUCACCUUACGAAAGCGUGAGGAGAACCUGUACGUCGCAACUACAGAUAAACUUGUUUAUGGUGGACCACGUGUGCAUGAUGGAAAGUACCGGCACUGGUCACAUGUGCUUCUGUGAGGAGGAUAUGUGCAAUCGAGUCGGGAUCUCCUCCCUCCCGUCACCCAUUCUCCAUGCAAUCCUCGUACCUGUUGUUACACUGUCCAUCCUAAGAUCAGCUCCAGGCUUGCUUAUUAGGUCGCUGUGAUGAUGAACCAUAUACCUAUAGUGACACUCAUAUAUACUUAUUUACUUACUUACUUCCUUCCUUACUUCCUUACUUGUUUACUUACUCGUUAUUUAUAUUAUACCACAUGAAACUUCACCCAGUAGUAAAGCAAACGCGGAGCCCUGUAGUGAAAUUGUAGAACCAAUGCAAGGGCUUGCUUGAAAUUUUAGAGAAUAUAGGUAUGUGAACGUUAAUUGAAGAGAUGAGAUGAGAUGAAAUGCGGAAUGAAACGUCACGAAGCUUUUAAUGCAAUACGAGAUUAGAUUUGAAUUGAAACAAUGUAUAAUACGACGGUCUUCACUACACAUUGGCCGUCGUUUUACCAAUUGCACUCCAUACCACAUUCAUCGUUUGUGCGAAUAUAAAAUCUGACGAAUCAUAUUAUUGUUUGAUAACUGAGCGGAAUGCGGGCUAUUCGUUACACGAGGAACCACACAGUGAUCAUAUCUUAUACGACGAAAUCCUUAAAUGUAGAUGUAGAGAAUUUUUCCUCAAAUUAUUAUUAUAAAAAAAAAUGUUAGUCUUAGAGUCAAAUUCGACAUAUCAGUCUUCGAUAUGCUAUAUUACUAGGUAUGCGGUAAUUGUAAUAAUCAGCAGAAAUGCGCCGUAGUGAACUUGGAUCUUUCUAUUACAAUUUUUCAAGUUCCACGUUGCAAAUCGUUUCCCGGCAUACACUGUGCCGCGGAUUAAAAUUUGUUCGUCAAUUGAAACGAUGAAUAACUGGAACGAUAAUGGAUCAAGUUAUCCUUCAUAAGAUGUAUUCGUCAAGGUUUUACACAAGUUUUAUAUAGACUUUGUAGAUUUUGUUUUUAUUUUUAUAUUCUUAUUUGGGUUAGUUUUUAUUUUUUAGUUAGUUAUUCCUUAACUUAGUUUAUCUUCUUUCGUCUUAUAUUCAUUUUAUAACUACACAGAGGCACACAUUCUGCUAUAAACAAGAAAACCGGGCAGCAUGAUAUUUCGCAAGAUGUUUGCAAGGCUAACGUAAUAAUUUUCUCUUCUACAAAAAAGCAACAAAACUAUUUCGACUUUGAUUACUAAAAACAGCAUCAAUCUACAGACUAUACAUAUGGACAGCCUAUGAUUGUAAAAUUACACGUAGUGUCUGUACGGAAUUGACUUUUUAUUUUGGUUUGCAUCCUAUUAUUUUUAACACAAUUGUAUAAGGAUACUAGAGUAGCAAAAUAGAAUGUGGAAUGAAAUACUCGAUUGGUCUUGAGUAACUUACUGUCAGUUUUCGAAAUAGAAUGAAAAUAGAAUAUCUUUUGAUACGUGUGAAAUAAGGCAAAGACAAAAAUUGACUAAAGCGUAUAAACAAGAUAAUUAGAGAAAAAUACUCUGAAAAAAGAAUCGUUUCGUAGUUAAAAGCCACAUACGAAAGACCGAUCAGACAACAUUUUACAUAAUUUAAUCCAAUCUACGUAGGUGUAGGUAUGUUUUACUCGAAUAACGAGCAUUGACAUGUAGCACAAGUAGAUGAAAUGCUGCAUACUAAUAGGCGUAACUACACGCGCGAGUUAUGAGCAUGACCACAUAUUACAAUAGGUAUACACGAUUGACGAAAAUAUUUCCAGAUUUCGCAAUUAUGUGCAUCAAUAAUAAUGAUAAUAGUAAUAAUGAAUAUUAAAUAAAUAUUGACAAUGAUAAUAAUCAAGAUAGGAAUAAUAUAAUACUCAAGUGAGUAUGAAUAUUUUUAACGAUAAAUAGAAUAAUAAUUGAAGGAUGUCAAAACUAUUAAAAGUGGCAACGGUACUGUAUAUAAUUUUUGGAAAUAUUUUUGCCAGUAGAAAACACGUAGAUAGAAGUAUAAAAAUAAUAGAUAGUGAUAUUGGCAAUAUGUUAUGAUAAUUUGUGCGCGAAUGAAAGUGUACAAUUGAGACGUUUCUUAAGUUGAAUAACGUUUGGCAUAAUCUACAGACUUCCGUCAGUCUGCAUGUGUACGUAUAUCACAUGUAAUAUUAAUUUUUGCGGGGUAGCGUUUUCAAAUGCUCACCUGAAUCCUAAUUUUUUACAUUAGAACUGAACAGUUUUUCUUCGACGAAACGAGAAAAGGCUUCGUUAAUUUUACUAUACAUUUUGCAAUGCAUAUAAACGGCAUGCAAUAGGUUCAAAUGACGUUCUCUAACACCUUUGAGCAUUUAAUUGAUGGUGCUACCAUUAUUUGAGUCAGUAGUUUUACAGUAUUCAGGUCAUUAUGACCUAAUCAUUAAUCCAUGACGAUUAUUAUAAAAACAAUUCGAUUCACCCAACAAUUCAAAACACCCAAAAUUCGUUCUGGAUUAAUUGACUUGAGAUAAUAGGUUGAAAUGAAACACACGCCGUAACUUUAAUUUUCAUUGUUAUUGCGAAAUUUUUAUCAUCAUUUGGUAAGUACCAGGUAUGAAUAUGAAUUUCACAAUUACUUUUCUCUAUGUUGUCGUACAGUGAAUGUGUAACGUGAAAUUGAGUAAAAUGAAAAUGGAAGAUGCUUUUACACUGCAUGAAACUGCAAGACUAUACAUGCAAUUAUAUACUAUUUCACCAACUAUUUCUUCUAUAAUUCUAUCGUCUCCACGUCUAAACUACUUGUCUGAAAAAAUAUGAACAAGCUUUUACAAUUAUGAAGCUUUUUUUUAAAUAGAUGGGAAAAUUAUUUGCACACAUCUUUCCAUAUGUGUCGCAUUGUAUUAACUGAUGAUUGAGCCAGCGUUACUGACAAGCGUUUGUUAUAAUAGAAAAGCAAAAAAAAAAAAAUAAAAAAAAAACUCGAACUUCUGUCCAUUACAUUUAAAAUUAACUAUAACAAUACUAAAGCUCAAUUUUCUUGGGCAAGUAGACUAUAUCCACCUUUCCACCCUUAUAUGAAAGCAAGUAAGCACUGCGUGGGCCUUCAGCUUAAAUAUCGUAAGUCUUGGGGUGAAUUAUGGAAGGUAUGUAUAAGUGAUAGUGGCUUUAAGAGACCAAGGAUCGAUUUUCUAAGCUGAACGCCCAUUUCCUCACAGAAAGGCUUUGUACUCGAGCCUUUUGCCAAAUUAAUUUCGCAGCUUGUAUAUAAUAUUAUACGAAAAGUUGAGCGAGAUUUCUCUGGCAAGCCAUGCAGCUCGUGUCGUGUCAUUUAUUCAUUAUAGCACGCGCGACUGCGGGGUCAUAUCGACGUUUUAUCGUUUAUACAAAAACAUUUCUUUUUUUGUGCUCACAACUAAUCGAACCCUUCGCAAGUUUCCAAAAUUGAUCAAAGAUCAAUAAUGAUAGGUACGUCGAAAUCAACCCUGAGUGACGGUGUCGAAUAGUAUAUACGUAAUAAAAAAGAUAUAUCAACGGCCUAUUUUGUCAAUGAUAGAAAAAUUCUCUUCUAUUUAUUUUGAAACUGGCCUCGCAGUCGAAUUAUAUCCACUACAAAACGAGCGUAACAUAACGUCAACUACCGAAACUCAAUUUAGUGUUGUAUAUUAUUUUUCGAGUUUUAUUCUUACAUGUAUAUGUAUUUUUGAAUCGUCUACUGCGAGAGAAAAAUAUUGCAUCGUUCUGUUGUACACGAUUCAUACCAAUUAUAGACCGUUUAACGCUAAUUUAUUAUUGUUAAAUAUGUACGUGGACCGUAUGUAUGUAAAAUAUUUUAUCUGCAAUUUUCAACGUAUUAUACAUACAUACACAUAUAGCGGGUAUUUUAUAUGUGUUGCACCCAUGAUAUAAUUAUUAACCAACGUGCAAAAUUCAUGAUACAUCAUCUCUGUAAUAUGAUACUGAUGUAUCGUAUAUUAUCAUUACAUUGCCAACACUUUGGGGAAAAAUUAAUUUCCUCAAUUUUCUUUACUUUUUCAUUCUUUGUUUCAUUUUGGGUGAAAAAAAGUAAUCACGAAUAACAUCUCAAAUCGUGUUUGGUUAAUGAUUUUUUACGAAAGUUUGAUUACCGCUUACAUGUGAAUAUUUUAUUUUGAGAGAGUAAUAUUUCUGUUUCAAAUAUCAAACGUAAAUAUAAUAAGUUUAUAUCAGUGGUGACGUAGGGGCACAGAAAUUGUUGAAGACUUCGCUACUUCGAUUGAUAAAAAAAUUUUAUCAAUCUACCAAGGUGGAAAGUAUGAUCGUUAAGUGAAUCGUAAUUAACUCUUCUUCUCUGCGAUGUUGUCCCUAAGGCUGUUGCCGCUACAUUUAACAUAAGCGAGUAAAUUGGCUCAAAAUGUACACAUAUACAUACAGAUACACAGGUAUAGGUAUAUGUAUAUGUACACGAAUCGUUACUACGAGAUUACAUCUCAAUACUUACAUAUUACAUAAUAUGAUAAAAGUUGAUAGAUUAAGUAUAUAUCAAUUAAUAUCGUUUUUUUCGCGAAGAAGGACGUUGUAUCUAUAAUAUUAAGAUGUUUUCGACAAAUGUAAAAUUGGGUAUAUGAAGAGAAAAAGAAGUAGAAUUAUUAUUUUUUCUUGUUGCAUCGCUUAAUACGAUCAAUGGCGUUUUCAAUCGUUUAAAAAUAUUAAGUUACUACAUAAAAACAGUCAUACACGUAUAGGUACAAUAUGUAGGAUGAAUAUUAUACGUACACACGUUUAUACGACGGUGCGUGAAAUACCAUUAAAUUUUAAGAAGUGCAUACUGCAAAACAUAUGUGAUUAUAAGAGAAUUAUAAUAUUGUUACGUUAAUAAUGGCGUUGAGAGAAGGAAAAAAAUUAUCAUUGUAACUCGUACGUAAACACAUCGAUAAAAGACAUCUCAUGUUAUAGAUAUGGAUUCAAAAAUAAAACUUAUAUUGACAGAAUUGAUAAUAAAAUAAUCCAUGGCAAAUCGUUAAUAAAAAGUGCUAGAGCAAGUAA